AUGAUCCGUCCAAAAACUAUUCUUAGUAUUUCUAUUAUUUUAACGAUAUCGAUUGUAUUCACAGUUGAUAGUCUUGCUGUGAUGUCGAUCGAUCUCGGUACAGAAUUUAUGAAAAUUGCUAUUGUAAAACCUGGUAUACCAAUGGAAAUUGCUUUGAAUAAAGAAAGUCGUCGUAAAACACCGGUUAUUGUUGCUAUUAAAGGCAAAGAACGUGAAUUUGGUGAAGCAGCUAUUUCUCGAUCAAGUAAAAUGCCAGCACAAUCUUAUAUGUAUUUACGUGAAUUAGUUGGAAAAUCAUUAGAUAAUCCUGUUAUUGAACAGUAUUUAAAACGAUUUCCAUACUAUAAAUUAAAAAUGGAUGGACAUUCAAGCGAACUAGUUUUUGAACAUGAUAGUGAAACAAAUUAUACUAUCGAAGAACUUCUUUCUAUGAUAUUAAAAAAAGCACGUGAAUAUGCAUCGGAUUUUGCUGAACAAUCUGUUGAUUCUGCUGUUAUAACUAUUCCACCAUAUUUUACACAAUCUGAACGACGUGCUGUUAAACGUGCAUGUGAAUUAGCAAAUAUAAAAUUACUUCAAUUAAUGAAUGAUAAUACAGCUGUUGCACUUAAUUAUGGUAUAUUUCGUCGUAAAGAUUUUAAUGCAACUGGUUCAACUUAUUUAUUUUAUGAUAUGGGUUCACAAUCAACAACAUGUACGAUAGCAACAUUUCAUUUAGUUAAAACAAAAGAAAAUGGUUAUCUUGAAGAAGUACCACAAUUAACAAUAAAAGCUGUUGCAUUUGAUCGAGAUCUAGGUGGUUUAGAAUUUCAAAUACGUUUACGAGAUUAUUUAGCUAAGAAAUUUCAAGAACAUCAUCCAAAAAUCGAUAUAUUUCAAAAUGCACGAGCUUUAACAAAAUUAUUUCGUGAAGCUGAACGUGCUAAACAUGUUUUAAGUGCUAAUAAUGAAUAUACAGCGCAAGUUGAAGGUUUAGUUGAUGAAAUUGAUUUUAAACAUCGCCUUACACGUGAACAAUUCGAAGAUUUAUGUAAAGAUCUUUUUCAACGAGUUAGACGACCUGUUGAAGAAGUACUCAGCACAAGUGAAAUCACAUUAAGCGAAAUUCAACAAGUACUUUUAUUCGGUGGUGCAACACGUAUUCCACGUGUUCAAGAAGAAUUAGCUAAAUCACUUGGCGGAAUUGAUCUUGGUAAAAGUUUAAAUACUGAUGAAGCUGCUGCUAUGGGUGCUGUUUAUCAAGCUGCAGCACUUUCAAAAGGUUAUCGUGUUAAAAAAUUUCUUAUUAAAGAUGCUAAUCAAUAUCCAAUCAAUGUUCAAUUUGAAAAACAUGCAGAUUCAUCAGCUGACAGUUCAGAACAAAAAUUAGUCGAUCGAACAUUAUUUAAUCGAAAUAAUCUAUAUCCAAAUCGAAAAGUUAUGACAUUUAAUCGACAUAUCGAAGAUUUUACAUUUGAUGUUCAUUAUGGAAAUUUAACAUAUCUUUCAAAUACUGACAAACGAGCACUUGGUCAAACAGAAUUAAUUCAUGUAAGCGUUAGUGGUGCCGAUAAAGCUUAUGAAAAACAUAAAGAUACAAGUGAAUCAAAAGGUAUUAAAGCACACUUUCAAUUAGAUGAUAAUUGUCUUCUUACUCUUGAUCGAGUUGAAUUUGUUUUCGAACGAAAAGAAACUGAAGCUGAUCGAAAUAGCACAGAUGAUGAUGCAUCAACAUUAUCAAAAUUAGGUAGCAAAAUUUCAAGUUUCUUUUCAUCACGUGGUUCAGCAUCUGAAAAUGAAAAUAAUAAUACAACAAAUACUACUAAUGAAGAGAUUCCAACCAAUAAUACCGAAACAAAUAGUAGUGAAGAAACUGCAAAACCAAUUGAUGAAAAAGAAAUAACAAAUACAACAGAAAACACAACAACUACCACAACCACACCAACAACAACAACAGCACCACCACCAAAAAUGAUCACAAUUCGUGAACCAUUGGAAUAUAAAGUAGAAUCACGUGAUUAUGCUGAUCCAACAGCAGAAACUCAAGAACUAUCAAGAAAGAAAUUAAUUGCUUUGGAUGAACACGAUCGUGAAAUAUUAGCUCUUGCUACUGCAAAAAAUAAUCUUGAAUCAUUUAUUUAUGAUAUGCGUGAUAAACUUGAACAUGAUGCAAUCUAUAAAAAAUCUGUAACAGCUGAUGAUCACGCAAAAAUAAGUGAUAAAUUAUCUGAAGUUGAUUCAUGGUUAUGGGAUGAUGGUAUUAAUGCUGAUGUUAAAACACUCAAAUCGAAAUUAGAAGAAUUGAAAACUUUAACAAAAUCAUUAAAAUUACGUGUACGUGAAGUUGAUUUACGUCCACAAAAAAUUAAAGAACUUAAAGAGGCACUUAAUUCUACUGAACAUUUUGUUCAAGCAACACGUCUUCUAUUUAUAAAAAAAGAUGAAGAUGAUCGACCAUUUACUGAUGGAGAAAUAAUUGCAGUAGAAAAAAUUAUUAAAGAUACAUAUGUAAGUUAUUCUUUUUUUUGUUAA